AUGGAAAAAUAAAAAACCCUAAUUGAUGUAUAAAAAUAAUAGUAAUAUUAGCUUACUUUCGAGCAUGGACAGAGUUAUGAAGAAAAAGUAAGAAGGAAGUAAUGGUUAUUUGAGUAUAUGACCGAAUGUUUAAAGGAGGUAUUGAAUUUAUAUGAUUGAUUAGAAAAUUCUGGAGUUAUUUAACACAAUGUUUGAAGACUAUAUUAAUGAUCUAUUUCUUAUAGCUAGUUUCAUUUUGAUUUUAGUGGGAAUAGCUUAUGAUGACACUACAGAGGAUGUCAUAUCAUCGUAAUUAUUGAACAAUUUACAAAUAGACUCAUUUUGUUUAUAGUUUACUUAUUACCCUUUCUGAUCGAAACAGGAAUUAGAGCAUUAUAAUUAUUGAUUGAGUAAAAGUAAAGUUGGCAAUCUAUUUUGCAACAAACUCGCAUCGCUUAUACUAGACUAAAAGGAUUUAAAAAAGAAGACUUGGUCUAUAAUGAUACAUAAAAUUUCCUCAAAUAGGCUCGCUCGUCUUCGAUUAGAAGUAUUUAAUACCUUGACUCAUAAUCUAAUGUGCCUGAUAUUCUGCCUGCUUCAAAUGUUGAGGAUGUAAAUUACAGCAAUUUGAAAAGAGGAGAUUUUAUUCUUCUCAGUCGUAAUUAAUAGUGUCCAGGCGACUUAGUCAUUUUGGAUAUGAGCAAUAGACAUGGAUACUUUUAUUCGAAAAGUUAUUUUAAAUAGGCUUUUCUGCAACGCAAGGAACCAAUGAAAACAACAAAAGUGGAAUUGAAUGCACCCAACAAAGGAGAUUUGAAUUAUUUGAGGAAGAUAUUAAAGGGUAAACUAACAUUUAAUAAUAAUUACAAUUUUGAUUAAUUUGAAGGUCAUAUUAAAUUAUCUAAAGAUCCAAAAGGAGAACCAAUUUUACCAGAAAAUAUUCUGUUUUUUGGAUAAGCAUUGCAAUUUAGUGAAUGGGUAUUUGGAAUCCUAAUCAAUGUAGGUGGACAAUCAUUAUAUUGUAGAAAAGUUAAAUCUGUAAAAAAACAAUAGAGAAAUAAAAAUAGAUAUAAGAAUCUCAGCAUAUUAUAAUUGUUCCUUUACAUAAUCAUGCCCAUAAUUGCAUCAUUAAUCCAAUAUUAUGGAUACUAAUCGAAUUCCUCAUUCAGUCUAAUCCUAUUACAUUGUUAUCAACAAUUUCUGGCUAUUCUACCAUCUUAUUUGAAUUUGUUUCUGCAUUUAUUUGAUGUAGUUCUUAUCAUAAAUGAAAAUCGAUCACAAUUACAAUCUAAAGACUGUAAGGAACUGAUAUUGGAAACAAAAUAGACAAGCAAAUAAUAGAACAUAAACUAUCCAGUCAACAUGACAGAAAUCAUGGAUACUACUCAUGUAUUUCUAAAUAUUCAGAUAUUAUCUGAUGCAAAGAUCGAAGCCUUAUGUCAUGGAGACACUAUUUAUUAAAUUGAUCAAACCUUGAUUCCAGAUUUAGUGUUAUCACAGUCCUUUAAGAAAACCUAGUUUUAUUACAAUCUAAUUAAAUAAGUCAAUGAUUAAAAUAUUGAAAUCUUACAAGAAAAGAUAGAAACCAUCAGUCCCAAUGUGCCUCCUCAAAAAUUAAGCAUAACUUCUCAUUAAUAAAUAAAUUUCAACAUUAUUAAGGAUACUGGAAAUAAGAGACCAUUUAUUAAAUAGAACACUUAAACUCUACACUCACCAAUACUCAAUAAUCCUAGUAGUGCCAGACCCUCAUUGGAAAUCUUCCACAGUAUGGAUGGAGGAGGUUUAAUCUCAUCCACUUUAGCUGGGAAUCUUCUAAAUCAACAAUAACAUAGUUAAGUUAGUCAGGAACCAGAGGAAGAACAGGUGAAAUAAGUCUAAAUUUAUAGGGAAAACACCCUUGUUGAAUUAGGACUCAGCUAACCUUUCUAAUAUUUUGAAUUAUUUUGUGUCAUAUCAUUGUGCCAUCUAACUAGAAGUGAGUUGAUGACUCUGGGAGAAGAGAGCAGACUUUCUUAGAAAAAUUCCAAAUUAGGAUUUACCGAAAGGGAAAGAAUCAGAAAACCUAAAUUCAACAUCGAUUAAUAUUUUCUAGCCGAAGACGAAGCCCUUUUAAAAUUGAGCAAACUGUUUAAAAUUUCAUAUAAAACUUAUGGUUAUAAUAAACAGGAGUAACUUUGUUAUGUUUUGAAGAUUAAUGACUUAGAAAUACCUUAUAUAAUUCAUUAUCGACUAUAUCAUUAAGGGUUCAUUGAUUAUGAUGAGACUAAAAACAAUAAGAUGUUUAAAAUUCCCUCAAGAUUUAUAGCUAUGAUGAUUUAGGACAAUAAUUUUUAGAUUAAAGAGUCAAAUCAAUUGGUAUUAUUGUGUAGAUUCUGUAUUGUGACAAUUUCUGAUAUUCCUGGAUAUGAGAAAUUUGAUUUAGUUAAGAAGACUUUGUUGCAGAGACAAAUACAAUAUUUAAUAAAUAGAGGAGACAUUAUUGUUUGCUUUUUGAAAAUGUCCAUUAAAUAACAAGAUCUCCAAGAAUCUAAGAGUUUGAUCAUUAAUGAUUACGAGAAAACUAUUUAAUUGAUCGAAUUAUUGUCUGAAAAUUAGUAUGAUAUUAUUGGACUGUUCGGAAUUAGUUAGAAUGAUAAUUAAGAUCUAAUUAAAGAGUCUUUUAUUACGAAUAGAGCAAGGAUUAUUAUUCAAUCAGAAAAACCUUACGAAUUGGUUCUACCAUUUUGUAUUAAAAAUAAUGUUCUGCAUAAUGAAACAAUUACUUAUAUUUUCUAAUCUUCAUCAAGAGAUGAUAUCCUUUAUCAAAUUAGAUAGAUUAUCAGCAGUCUUAGUUAGGAGGAUCCAAAGAAAAGUUCCAAUUAAUUAAAUCGCAGAAAUGCAUAAAUUUAAACUGAUAAAAUUAAGAUCAAUAACAAUGCUUUGAUUAUAGAUGGGAAUGUGUUGGAUUUAAUCUUAAAUGACAAAUACCUCAAUAAUCAUUUUGGAUUCAUUAUUCAUUUUAAUAAAAUUAUUAUUGUUUAUAAUAUGAACAACAAUUUGAAGUAGAAAUUAUUGAAUUUUUUAACUGCUUAUGAUAGUGAAUAUUCUUCAUCCUUAUGUGUGAAUUAUAGUGCAGGAUCACAUGGUUUAGUAAAGAUGAGUAAUUUCUCUUAUUAGAGACAUGAUGAAAUUGAAUCAGAUGUUAUGGGUUUUAUUAAUUAAUAUUCAAUAAGCAUUGAUGAGUUAGAGGUGUUUGACAACUUGGUUAUUAAAACUGGAUUUCAACUAUUUUAAAUUAAGGAUGCAACCUAACGCAUAUGUAUUCAAUGGAACCUAUGUUUUGCACUAUUGCAAAUGACAUUCUAUUGUUUUCCAUAUUAUAAUGGAUAAUUGCUAUCCAAGGAUAGAUUGUUAAUACUGUAAAUAUUAGUGCCAGCCAUACUGUUGACAUAUGCAAUAAAGACAAUAUUUGUAGAAUAAGAAUAUUUGAGCGUGAAAAUAAAUACAAUCAAACAGAAAUCCCUUGAUUUAGAGAAUAAUCACAUUGUAGAAUUAUUAUUAGAAACAAUAAUGGAUGUGGUAUUAAUAACAAUAGUAAAAUACAUUUUUUAUAUCAAUGAUAUUCAAAUAGGAGUCUACAAUACAAAGGAAGAAGUAGCAUUAUUUUUUAGUUUUAUUUUGAUAAUUCACCUCUUUAAAUUGGCAUUUUUAUCAAAGGAACUCUAUCUGGCAUUAUUCUUGUCUUUGAGUACCUUAUUAUUGAUACUAUUACACAUAACAAUAGAGAUGAUUAAUUUGGAUUAUGAAAUAUUAAGAGAGUUUUUAAUUUAACCUACAACGAUAAUGUCAUUUUUAAUGAUGUUGGCAAUGAAAAUAGUGGUUAAUUUGUUUGGAUAGUUUAGCAUUUAUUUGUACAAUAGUUUUUUAGAGAGAUCCUAAUAGGAUAUAGAUUUUAAUUUAAUUUUGGAAAUAAUUUCAAAAGAAUUGCAGAGUUUAAAGAAUAUCUAAUAUUUAAUAAAGAAGGUGUUUAAGGAUUCGGAAAUAGAUUUAUCAGUAAAACAGAUAUUCAACAAGGGAGAAAAUAAGAAUCAAUUAAUUCAAUUAAAUAAUUACACAUUGAAUUUCGAAGAACAUAUUUAUAAUUAAGAAUUCAUACAGAUGUAUAUUUCAAAAUGGAAGUUCAUUGGGAUCAUAACAAAUCUAAGUUACUUCUUUGGCCUCGACAUAUUUUUAUUGAUACACUAUGGAAUGAGAUUUGAGCAGAUUAAUACGGCCUUGUUUUCAAUAAUGCUGAUAUUGACUUUUUGCUAAGCAUUUCUUAUUAAUUAAUCAUGUUAUCCGAAAUAUGAACAGUUGAUAAUCUAUUUUGGAUUCUUUUAAACCAUUUUUCGAUUAUUCAUAAUAAGUAUAGAUGUGUACGAUCAUGAUAGCUAAUUUUAUGCAUUCAUCUUUUAUUACCUAGUAAUUUUUUCAUUAACCCAACAAAUCAAUUACAAGUACAGUUUUAUAGUGAUUCAACAAAUAAUGACUUUGAUAUCUGGAAUAGUGAUGCUCUAUGCAAACAAAAUGUAAAAUGCAGAAGAUGUGUAUUUAGGAGAAAUAAUAGUAUUAUUUGUGGCCUUCAGUAUCAUAUCUUUACAAUCUCGUUAUCAGGAUGACGUAACACAAAGAGAGGAUUACAUUUGUGGAAAGGUAUUGGAAAUUGAAAGAUCAAAGUAUUAGUCAGUAAUGUCAUUGUUGUUGCCUCCAUUUGUAUUGGGUAGACUUGAUUAAGGGAAUUUGAAUUUCUCAGAGAACCAAGGGUUGGUAGGAAUAAUCUUUGUAGAUAUGUGCAGUUUUGAUGUGAUAGUAAGUGAGGAGGCUCAAAAUAUAGUGUAAUUGAUGGAUAACAUCUAUCGACAAUUUGAUUAAAUCUGUUCAUCAACUAAUUGUCAGAAAAUAGAGACUGUUGGAAAGACCUACAUGGCAUGUUCAGGUUUGUAAUGUGUAGAGAAAUUCUAGCCGAAGGGUCAUCUGAAGAACCCUAUCGAAAGGUUGGUAGAGUUGGCCUUUGGAAUUUAAUAAGAAAUUACUCAUUUCAAGUGGGGACCCAAUCAAAAGAGUUUUGGAUUGAAAAUUGGUAUACAUUAUGGUAGAGUUCUAAUGGGUGUGAUUGGAUCAAUAAAACCACAAUUUUCAUUGAUUGGAGACACUGUCAACACGACUAGUAGAUUAUGUGCUCAUUGUCCAGAAGGAUUGAUAUAAAUAUCUCUUCAGGCAUUUGAUCAAAUUAAAAAUGUGAAAUCAAUUAAAUUCACUAAUAACAAAAUUGAAGCUAAGGGUAAGGGUAUAAUAGAUACAUAUUUGAUUGAAAAGAAAAGGAAUUUCGAACAAUCUUUUAGUAACAAAUAGAAGAAGUCAGAAAUGCCACACAUUGAUUAAAAAUUGAAAUUUGUAUUGAAUAAUGAAUAGCAACAAAACUCUUUUAAGAAUCAAAAUCAAGCAAGCAUAGCAGCCAUCAGAUAGAAAACUACUAGAAAUUUAACCAAUAAGUUGAAUUCUAUGAAAUAGGACGAUCUUUAACAAUUAAAUCAGCCAUAAUACAAUUAAACAUAGCAACAACCAAAUCAGUUGAUUCCAUCCACUUAAUAAUAGGGAAUUCCUUAGAAGACGCCUACUCUGAAUUUUACAGCUAGUUAAUUGUAAUUAUUCAGGAAGCAAACAAAGAGAAAUUUAAUUAACAAUUAAACCAAUUUGUCAACUCUGAAUUAAAUCUAAUCUCCUCAUUUGUUACAAUAAAAUCUUAAUCCUCUAGGUCCUAAUACUAAAUUGGUUCCUUAAAAAUCUAUCUUCAGUCAACAGCAAUAGAAUUAAUAAAUGUCAGCACAAUUAGAAAAAAUCGAUAAGUAUUAAUAAUAAUCCUCAAUACAUCUGCCCUAGUAAGAUCCCUCAAAUUAGAACAUUUUAGUUGGCAUCCCUGAUAUCCCUUUAGAUCAAUCUUUGAAUGUGAUGGACACUUCGAUCAAAGACCAAACUCCAUUUAAUUAGAGGAGGGAUGACCAGAAGAAGUUUAUUGAUUCUGCAAUUCGAGUGAUCAAGUUUAAUGAUAUAGAGUUAUUCAUAAAAUCAAAACCGGAAGUUUUCAAUAAGACCAUCCCUUUGUUUAAGAUCUAAGAGUUCUUUUAUGAAGGCAAGAGUCCAACAUUGUAGGAGAAUAACAAUAACAAUUGGCAUUUGAUUUCUAAAGAUUUUUUAUUCGAGGCAUUUAAGAAUAGUGAGAAUGUGACUCGAUAUUAUGGAAUGGAAUUAGAGAAUGGCAUCAGAAGUGUUGUGGUAUCCUUAUUGCUUCUCCUAAUAAUACACAUCCUUUUUAUCAUACUAUCUCAAUUGCAAUAAGUAAAUACUCAAUAGGCAGUAAUAAGAGCAUUAGGAUGCUUUUUAAUUUUAAUUGAAUUGUACUUGUUGAAAGCACACUUUUUUGAAUGGAAAAGAGAAAGAUUACUAAAAGUGAUUAUAAUUCAACUAGUAUCUUAAUGUGUCAUAUUAGGAGUGUUCUAUGAUUAGGAUAAAGAUAAAUCAGUAAUCUUAUCGAUAGAAUCUAUAAUAACAAGUUGUCUUCUAUUUGCUCAUAAAUGGCUCUAUGUUUAAGAGAAGAUCUUAAUUUGUGCCUUCAUGUUCACAGUUUGGUUGAUUAUAAUCAGCUCAGUCUUUAUAAUAAAUAUUUGGGAAGUGUUCUUCCUACUAAUUUCAAUUGCUUUAUUGUUACAAAGAGAACUGUUAAGUUACUUGUUUUCCUAUAAAUAAAUGCUCAAUUAAGAACAAAUAGAAAUAAAGAAGGAAGAUAAAAUCAAUCUCCUAAGUUGUUUAUUGCCUAUUCAUGUCUUGAGUCAAUUCUUGGAUGAUUCCACAAGUGCAAGGCAAUUCUCUGAUGUCUACAAUGAUUGUACAAUCCUGUUUGCAGAUAUUGCUGGAUUCACAAAAUAUUCAUCAAGUGUGUAACCUGAAGAAGUUGUUUCUAUGCUUAAGAAUUUAUUCGAUGAGUUUGAUACACUGACUCAAGUGAACAAUGUAUUCAAAUUAUACACCAUUGGAGAUUGCUAUGUGGUGAUCGGAGUAACUGACAAUUUCAAAAGAGACCCAAUUCAAGAGGCAUUGAAUGUGGUGGAAAUGAGUCUCAAUAUGUUGGAAGCCAUAACCAGAGUCAGGAAUUAAAUAAAGUAUCAGGAUCUUCAUAUGAGGAUUGGAAUACAUACGGUAGUUUUAAGAAUUUAUUGUAGGGUAAUGUGAUUGGAGGUAUCAUUGGGACAGAUAUCAUCAGAUAUGAUGUGUAUGGAAAGGACAUUCUCAUUGCAAAUAAAAUGGAAAGCAGUUCAGAGGAGGGCAAAGUUUUGAUAUCAGAAACUACUAAGAAAUUAAUUGAAGAGAACUUCCCUUAAGAUUAUAUAUUCCAUGGAAGAAAAUUAAUUAAUAUUCCGUCAAUCAAUACCACGAUUACUGGAUUCUUCUUAGAAACUGCAAUAUGA